CACAAAUUAUUUCUAUCUUGAAUCACAGUAAAUUUAUACAUAUAUUUUAAAGGAUAUCGAAAUUAAAAUGACUAAACAAAAUUUCCUCGAGUGUUGCGAACUGUGUGCUGUCAAAUAAUAUUUGACAGUUGUAUCAGGUGGGUUGUUGGUCAAGUAAACAAAUAAACUGAUAAAUUGUUGUCGAAUUGAACGUAAAUUUAAUGGAUUAUCGAGUUUAGAUAUUACAUAUCUAUCUAAAAUUGCUUCGGACGAAAUUACAACAAUCAAGACUUUAGGAGAGAAAAAAGGAUUUGAAUGCUCGAAAUGAUGAAGUAAAAUGUUUAUUGAAACGUUUGAGAAGGUACUUCUACUAAACUUAGAUUCCUAUACCUGAGCAAGAGAUUGCAAGAGAAUAUACGGAGACUCCGCUAAGCGUACCGGGCCGAAAGGAGAUUUGAAGUGAAACCAAGUUUAUUGCCAUCACUUGAAUUCCAUCAAUUGAAGCUGUGGUCGAUUUUGACAAUGAGCACAGUCGACGAGUAGGAAUCCAAUUGAAUUGAGGACUCGUCUGAGGCACAGCAGCAGGCGCACACAGGGAAGAAUGGUUUAAAUCUAAACAAUUUUUGCGUAAUUUGUGUGCGUGAAUUUGAAGAAGUCAUUUGUUACAUUGUCACGAAAUUGAAUAAACGAAUUGGAGAGCAAAUGAAACUACGUUUUUUUUUUAGAUGUUUGUAUGUUGCGUUAGCCGUUGAAUUUUGAAAGUAUUGCGUUUCGAAAUUGCCGUGUAAAGAUCCAUUUAAAGUGGUGUAGCGUCGAAUAUUUGCCAUUUCUUUCUUUUUUUGCACAUGUGAAUUGAUUACAUUACCAUUAAGUGGUGAGAAACAUCCUUGAGAAUAUUCAUUUGGUAUUCAUAUUGAGUCAAACAAAUAGGAAAAGUAGUCAUUAUAAAAAUUACGACAAUCCAGUAUUCUUCUUUUCUAUUUGUAACUGCGGGAUAUCUACAAUGUGUUUUUUUUGCAUACGGUUUGGCCUUAUAGUAGGCACCGGCGUUGCCUUGACAUUCUUCAACAUUAUGAAACUUAUUGAUAAUUCCUGUUCGGAAUAAAAGAAAAUGUUAUUGGAUUUCGCCGUCUUUUACAAGGUUUUAACAAACAUUUUUUCUUAAAAUUCAACCCAUCUGUUGUUCAAUUAUUUGUUAUGUUAAAAUUGAACCGUGCAACGAAUUAAAAAAAAAACCGAUCACUGGAUGAACCAAUUGGAUGAAAACAAUAAUGAUAUUAUAAUAAUUCAACAUCCGGACUUUCUAAUUUGAUAUUCACUCAAAAAUAUCCAAUUACUGCUCGUUGCCGGCGACAGAUGUAACACUUAUACGGUCACAUAACCCAGCUCUAAUUUGUAUAUAUUUGCGAUUAUACCUUGUAAUUCGAAACGUUUGCCGUGUUUAAAGAAUUUUCGAAUUAAUCAUAAUCGCAAUAAAAAAGCAGAUACGUAUACGGCACACUUACGGUUUCACAUAUGUAAGGAGUUUCAUAUUUUUAGCUUGAUUUCAGACGAUUUUCAUUCGUUUAUUAUUGGAAUAUUCUGUCUAUCAAAUUAUGUAAAUUCUAUUCAGAUAGAGUUUGGAAAUAAUGCUGAUUUUCAAUAUUGUGCCCGUUUUUAAUCGCAUGGUUGCACUUAAGGUAUCACCUUGCCGAAGCGUAUUAAUUGCCAAAAUAAUUAAGGAAUCCCUUGAAAAUGGUAUCAUUUCCAUAAACGAGAAGUAAAGAAAGUUAUACCAAAAUUGACUGUGCCCAAACAGUAGCAGAUCCAAUAACCACCAUUAAAUGCUGAGAACUCAAAAUGAUCAAUAAAGAAGGAAUAAAAAAGUCAUUUUUACCUUGAAACAUUGUUAUACAUACAAACGAAUUUGUAAUUUCAUAUAACAUUUUCAAAAAUUCAAUCGACCGCCGCAAACGAAAAUAUUACAUAUUUGGUGAUUGAGUGUGCCGAGUAUGAGAAAUGUUAACUGCAGUAUAUAUUUAUUGGGAGGCUGGGUGGCGUAUUUUCAGUGACGAAGGUUCGUCACAUGGUGCUUCAUAGCUAGAUAGAGCAUAUGAACAUAUGAUGUUUUAAUGUUCAAUAACUUUUAUAAGCCGAACAAAAAUUCAUUGCAAAUUAUCCAAAGGAAAAUUUCGGAAAAAAAAAUGCACCAAUACCUAACUUGGUUUUGUGUGUUUUUAUUGAAACAAAGAUGAAUAAAGAUUAAAUAAAGUUUGAACAUCGACAACAAUCGUAUAAAUGAGAUCAUUUGUUUUUAAUGUGCAAAGCCGUUUCCAUUCCUCAUCAAGCAACUACCAACCUUUUUUAUGCGCUGAAUACCGUGCAAUCGGUAUCAUACACAGCCAUUUCUUUCUUUUGACAUUCUGCGAAUUGUUAUAGCUUCCAAUCAUAUUGAACAGAUUGUCUUGGCCGCCAAAAAAUUCUUCAUUCAUCUUGUUGGUCAACUCGUUUUCGUUAUACUCCAUUUAUUCGAAGAGAAUUCAAUUUCGGGAAAAAAAUCAAUCAAUUGAUUUUAUGAGGAGCAAAUUGAAUAAAAAAAAGCCAUCUAUAAAAAACACAUAUCGUAUAACUGCUCAUUUCAUUCAACCUCGUUAACUUUUCAACUAUUCAAUUUUGCGGAUUAAAUAUGGGCAGUUACAAAAAUGUUGGCACAAUGGAUCUUUGCGCUAGCGGUGAAGCUAAGCAAAAGGAAAUUAGAAUGUAAGUUUGACAAGUGUCAUAAAAUCAAACAAUAUCCCAAAUAUACGAACAUAUAUCUAUAUCUAUAUUCUAUAUUCUAUAUGUGUAAGAUAUAUAUAUAUACCGCAUAUGAAGUAGUAUAGCGAGUAGAUACAAAAAAAAUUGUUUGAAAAUUAAUAAGAGACGAAUAGCAAAAGAAAGCAACAAUAAAGACGACAGAGGCGGCAAUAUAGAAGCAGUGCGAUGAAACGCUGUAAAUGCAGUGUUAAACGCGACCAAACUAAAGUGAGUUCACAAACGUAUCAGACUGAGUGAGAAUAGUCUAUGCUAUUUUGUUUCGUUAAAUUUCGUACGAAAUCGGCAUUUCGCGCGAGUAUAUCGUUUUUAUUUUAGCGGUAUAUAUAUGCCUUUUAGUUCAUUCGUCCGUCUUAUUCUUUUCUUCGUGCGUUUUUUUUUCUUCUUCACUCGUUGGUCGCUUCUUGUUCGCAGUGUAUUUUCGUAUUUUCGUACGGCUCAUACAUUUAGCGCGUUGCCGUGUGUUGCCUGAGUGUGUAGAGCAUUGAAGUAUAUACACAGCGGAGCGCACACAGUAUAUGCCUAUAAGGAUAGGACACUCAUCGUUCAGUUGCAAUCAGACAGUCUUUUAAUUCAGUUCUGUUUUAUUUAUCGGUGAGUUUUCGAAAGGAGGUUUAUUUUAUUACAAUUCAAAAUCAAAAAAUCUAAUGUGCACACACGUCACUUCAUAGUUCCAAUUAUACUCAACGAAUUUGAAUACAUUGAUUUUGAUUGUUCGUCGUCUUCAUUACACAUUUUCUCCCGAUUACGCCGUUUGAAUUUUAAAUUGAAAAACGAAAAAAAAAUUAUCUAAUUAUUUUCGUUACGUUCUUCUGAUAUAUAUAUUUUCUUCACUUCGGAUCGAUUUUUACGAAAUAUUAUAAAACGAAAUGCAAAAUAAGUUCUGCAACGAACGAAUCGGCGAACCACCUUAUAAAUAGCCUCAAACAACAGUUCCAAAAAAAUAAUAAUUAUGAAUUACUGUGCCGCUAACAGCCCAAGCAAAAGAACGAAUAGACAAUGACUUUCGAAAUGAAACGGUUAAUUGUAAAUAAAAAACCGAACAAAAAAAUAAAAAAAAGUGUGCGUUAUGUCGAUGAAGCGAACCAUCACAAAAUAAAAAUCAGUGUUUAUAUGCAAAAAAAAGUCUUGAGGUGAGUUUUGAUGCCGUACUGGAGCGAAAACUCAAAACGAAAACACACAAAUUUUCGCUUGUUUACUUGCUAAUGGUGCUGAAAAGUUAAAUUUACGAUAUCGCGAACAACGCUCGUUCUACAGUCUCUCAGACUCACUGUUAUAUUUGUGUGUGUCCCAUAAGUUAAGUCAUUUUUAACCGUUUGGCAAAAUAUAUAUACUGAAAGGAAGAAAAAAAAUUAUUUAUCAAUAAACGAAACAGAAACGGUACAUGUGAGAAUGCGAUGAAACAGCAUUAUGUAGUUCCAUCGCUAGCAAAACGUACACAUUGCGUCUGGAUGAGGCUGUAAAAGAUAUUAAGUGUGAAAAGUUUGAGUCAAAUGCGUCCAAACUCUUGAGUAAAAUAAAAGCAAUAAAAUCAAUUGAAAACUCUGAAAAACUUUCAGUGCAAUCGAAUGAAGAAUGAGAAAGAGAAAAAACAACAAACAAACCAAAAGCACCAUAAAUAAAGUGUCAACUAACUAAACGUCAACCACCACAAACACCACCACCACCACUUCUACCAGGACGAGAGAUGAAUUCGAUUCAAACAGUGAAUUUUAUACGUGUAAACCUAAAAUUCAAAUCAAAAUAAAUGUGCAUAUGAGUUUUCGUUUGAUUUGUGUUUUUGUCAGCAAUGAACUAAAUUUGUGAAAUUAUUUGUAAUGUACAUAGUUUAAAGUGAAGUGCGUGUGGAAAGAAAAAAAGAUUAUCAAGAAGAGAAUGGAAAUUGGACCAAUGCAUACAUACAUGUUGAGUUAAUUUGUUUUUUUUUGGUUUAUGAAUUACAAAAAGAGAGAGAGAGAGAGAGAGAGAGAGAGAGUGAGAGAGAGAGAGAAAAAAAGAGUCCAAUAUUUGGUAUCCAAGGUUGAAGGAUCCUUUCAAACAUUCGGUGUUUUUAUUUGCGGUUAAAAAAAAAAAUAAUAAUAUUGAACUGAAGCAACGAACGAAGAACGACUAAUGUGGAUGAAAUAUGUGUUGAGAAAUUGAAUAAGGAAAAUUGAAUGGCAAAAAAUUAUAUUGAAUUGUGCAAUCGAAUAGCUAAAUAGCCGCAGCGACAUCAAAGUCAAUUGCAAUCACAGCAGCAGCAGCAGCAGCAGCAGCAGCACUAGCAAAGCAUAGCAGAAAAUCAACGAAUUUUUUUUUAGCUUAGGAAAUAUUUUCGAGAAUUAAUCAACAAACUGGUUGCUAUCGAAUUUCGGCAUACUUGCUUCGCCUUCAUCACACACAUAGUUCAAAACAAAAGCAUCUUCGAAAAGUGAUAUAAAAAAUUGUGACGACCUGAAAAAAAAGUGCGAGUGCGAGAGAACACGACGCGUGUAUUCCCAAGCCUGUAAUGGUGCUCACAGAUGAUUUUGACAGAGAGCCCGACCGGCUAAUGCCGCGAAUCGUGUAGCUCUGCCAUGUGCCAAAUUCUUAUACGUCUUAGUUCAUCCUGGGGAUGUGUCCAGGCUCUUAUUUUGACCUUGACCAUCCUAAUUUUUCCAAUUGCAGUUAGUGCGCUUCUACCAGCUAUUGAUUUAUUGGAGGCACUGGAACUACCAACGAAUCAUUCUCAUUAUAUCGGAGUGAGCAUAGCUCAAGGCAUGGAAAGGCAUUUAUUAGCUUUCAAACUUGAUGAACAAACUCGAAAUCUUUCAACACCGACGCGAUCACUGAAUCGAGCCAUUAAUUUAAUAAAGCGUUCACCUGACUUCACAUUUUCGACAACAGUACUGCAAGAGAGCGGAAAUAUAGGGACCCUCAUAUCAUUUUCUGGCGGCAAUAAUAGGUAUUUAGAAUUGGAAUCAAGUGGCCGAAGGAAUGAAAUACGUUUUAUUUAUACGGCGAUGGACGCGCGGAAUAACCCAAUCCAACACACAGAGUCAUUUUCGUAUACAUUAGCGGAUUCUAAAUGGCACAAGGUUUCACUAACAGUUAGUGGAUCCGAAAUACAAUUAUUAGUAGACUGCCAUUUGAUUUAUAGAAGGAUGGCAGAUCACAUACCAGAUAGAAAUUUUAGUGCUUCCGAAAUGCAUUUAUUUGUUGGCCAACGAGAUAAACAAUAUCAGUUCAAAGGAUAUAUUCAAGAUUCAUAUAUUGUUUCUGGGCCGAACGGUUAUCUUAAACAAUGUCCAAAUAUGGCAACUCAAUGUCCAACGUGCGGACAGUUUAGUCUUCUUGAGAAAACAAUAGAUGAUUUAAUAAAAAAUUUAGAUGAAUUAAAACAAAGGCUAGUGGCACAAGAAGAUCGUAUUGUGAGUCUUGAAAAGUGUGACUGUAAAAAAUCGUGUAUGACAAUAGAUGGUAAAAGGAAAGAGGAUAAUGAAAGAUGGGAUGAUGGUUGUAAUACGUGUAUAUGUGAAAGAGGUGAAAUCAAAUGCAAUCCAAAAAGUUGCGUUAAACCAAUAUGUAAAAAUCCAGAAUUCCCCCCAGAUGAUAAGUGUUGCCCAAGAUGUUUAAAAAACUGCUUGGACAACAAUCAUAGGAUAGUCGAACACGGGGAAUUUUCAAUAACCGGCUGCGUAAACUGCACGUGCACAGAUGGUGUUUUGGGAUGUGCCCAAAUUGUUUGUCCACAAUUAUCGUGUCCGCCAGAAACUCAAAUACAGGAAACCAACCAAUGCUGCAAAUUUUGUCCAGGAGAUGACUACUGUGGAAAGGGUCAUGCCUGUCACAUAAACGCUACGUGUCUUAAUCUCAAUACAAAAUAUUCGUGUACCUGUCGUCUCGGCUUCCAAGGAAAUGGCUUCGAUUGUACAGAUAUUGAUGAGUGCGCACAACAAGGUGGUCAAUAUGGAAAUCAUUGCCACUUGAAUACGGUUUGUGAAAACACUAUUGGUUCAUAUGUAUGCAAUUGCCUUCCUGGGUUUCGCCGUGUUGAUAAAUUCAAUUGUGCAGAGAUCAAUGAAUGUGCGGCCAAUUUGCAUUCAUGUCACGAAAAUGCCGAAUGUAUUAAUACAGUGGGAUCGUAUAGUUGCCGAUGCAAAGAAGGCUACGAAGGCGAUGGUACUCAGUGUAAACCUGUCUGCAAGCAAAUGUGUUUGAAUGGAGGUGUGUGCACUGCACCGAAUACUUGUACUUGCCGUAUGGGCUACAUUGGUGCCUCUUGUGAACGAGAUCUCGACGAGUGUGCAAGCGGAUUGCACACAUGCAAGACUUCAGCGUACUGCGUUAAUAUGCCUGGAUGGUACUACUGCAAAUGUAAACCGGGCUAUGAGACGCAUAACUACGAAUGUCAUGAUAUCAAUGAGUGUUAUCAUAGCACACAUAGUUGUCAUCCGACAGCAUUAUGUGUUAACUACGAUGGCCACUUUGAAUGCGUUUGUCCCGAAAAUUCGACUGAUGUCAGCAGAACUGAUACCGAACCAUGUCGACUGAGCUGUAUGUUCGAAGGUGUGGAAAUUCCAGACGGAGAACGCAUUUCCCCACACAAUCAACCGUGUAAAAUAUGCACAUGUAAUAAGGGUGUGAUCUCUUGCGAGGAGCCUGCUUGUGAUUGUUCCACCUGGAAAAAGGGAAGCGGACGAGAUCUCUGUUGUCCACAGUGUGAUCCAAAAGAAUCAUGCCGACAUCAGGAGUUAAAGCACAUAGUAUUUAGAAGUGGCGAGCAAUGGAUUUAUCAGUGUCAAACUUGCGAAUGUUUGUAUGGUGAAUUCGAUUGCUGGAAAUUGGAGUGUCCUCCAUUAACGUGUGAUAAACCCUUACCACUAGCGCCUGGUGAUUGUUGCGCAAGAUGCGAGGACGAUCCUUGUAACAUAUUAGUUGGUAGUAAUAGUACCGGUAUUUAUGCCGCUGGAAAGCCGUGCACGUAUAAAGGUCACGAAUAUGAAUCCGGACAACAAUUUAGUGAUAUGUCUAGUCAAUGUACGACAUGUGCCUGUAAGGUUCCCUACUGUGCCCAACUGGACGGUCAGCUGUGCUGCAGUUUCGAUAAUAGUUGUAAUGAUGCUUUACCAAACACAAACCGCGCUAAAACAAACCGUUUGGUUCAUGUUGCUGAACAUGUCGACACUUUGGAUGCAACAAAUGUCCAAACCGAAAAAAUUUCCGCUGCGAAUAUGGCGACAACGAGUGGAUAUUAUUACAAUUCGUUUACUUCCUCGGCCAAUGUAUUAUCGCCGGGAUCGAUACUUACACACCGACGGAACAAUGAACGAACUAGAGAGGCCCACAAUCAACGAACCGUUUACACUGAGAAAUUGAUUGGCACUACCGCUACAACAUACACAAGCGAUGAUCGAUCUCAUUCAGACGAGACUGAAAAGUCUUCUUCAAUGCCACACAUUACAUCGAUAGCACCAGCAGCCUAAACAAAUAAAAAAAAUUCAUUUCAAACUAACGUUAUUGACGCAACGAACUAAUGCGUACUUCUUAACUAUUCAAAUUUGCAGAUACUGCAAUAUUUUAAAUAUUUAUAUCGAUGUCGGCCACAGUGAAAAAUAAAACAAUUUUUAUUAUUUUGAGUA